AUGGAAGACGGGGGUCAGUUGGAAGCGUGGACUUCAACUGCUCGAGAUAUUAAUUGCGGAAUUUGCGGUUCGACCCUAAAUCGUGACGAAAGUGCCCACCGCCAUGUCUACUUCCACGCUUGGUUAGUUUUUCUGUACGCCAGGGGAACAUUUUACCAGGAGAACGAAGGCUGGCCAAUCUGCCAACUUCCAGAAGCCUUCAGCUCUAUUCCAGACUUCCCUACUCCGUUUUGCUGCGCUUGGCGCAAGUGUCGUUUCCAGACAAACGAUGUUGCCGACCUCUACAAUCAUGUCUCUCAACAUCCACGGGUAUACGAAGACGUCGAAGGACCCAAAAACUGUCAGUGGGAAGGCUGUAAGUACGCGUGUGAGCGACUACGCAACCUCGUUACACACUUGCGAUCGCAUACGCAGGAAAAGGCUCUCGCCUGCCCCCAAUGCGGCUUUCUAUUCACCGCCAAAAUGAAACUCCGUGAUCACCUGGUUCGCCAGCAGCCGGUUGAAUCAUCUGCCGUCCAAUUCCAGUGUUCCUACUGCCACCGUGUGUUUGGCAAUAAAUCACUGCUCCAAGCUCACGCUAACCGCCACAUCAACAAGCACAAAUGUCCACAAUGCAACCUUACACUUCACAGCAAAAGCGCUAUCAGGCGACACAUCCUGUACCGACACACGACUAAAGCCACUGUGCAGUGCCCCCAUUGCCCUGCCAAGUUCAAGGACACGUACUUGCUGCGCUCUCACACAUCUCGACGUCAUAACUCGUCAGGUGUCCAGCCUCAUCGAUCCACAACGGCUCCGAUUGGUCCGCUGGCGGUUGCAGGCAGCCCCGGCUUGUCCACCACCGCCGCCGCCUCCUCGAAUUACCGCCACCUUCGUUCGCGUUCCAUCUCAACGGAGGUGUUCCGCUGCCCUGAGACUGACUGCAAGUUCUACUCCAUCACCAGACCCGGUCUCUGCGUGCACAUGGGUCGAAAACAUGCGUCUGGAAGGCUGGAGGGCAGCUACGCCUGCCACCUCUGCCCUAUGCGGACGCACAAAGGCUUCCUGCUUUCGCGCCAUUUAAUCUCCAAGCACAAUUGCCAGCAUCCGUCCGGCCACUAUCGUUUUAACUACGUCCUCUCGCCGGAGGAUGGUCUCUAUCGCCUGCAGACAACUCGUCUUGACUCCGUGGAAGUGGCAAAGGCUCUUCUUGGUCCACAGACCGUGGACCAACUCAUCGGAAGCGUCACAGACCACCACAAUUGA